AUGAAAGUCGGCGCACGACUUAGCAUUUUAGAUCGAGAUAACGAUCAAAUGCGAAAUGAUGCACGUGAAGCUUAUACUGAAACAGAAUAUAUAUUACAUUGUAUCAAAGAAAUAUUAGCUGAUAAUUAUUUGACAACUAAUCAUUAUUUAGAAUUGAAUAUUGUCGUACGAGAAGCGACCUUAAUUGGAUUUACAUUUUUAUUUUUGAGUGUUUGA